AUGAGUAAAUCUAAAGAGAUGGAAGUUGACAUUCCAAAAUCCGUAAAUGCAGGGGUUACAGCAGUUGAUGCAAGUGGUGCAAGCGCUGCAAGUGAUUCAGUUGCUGCAACCGAAGACAGCAAAGAAGUUUCUGCUACAGCAUCUGCUGCAAGUGAAGAAACUACUGGAGAAAAGAAGUUAUCUAAUAAAGAACUAAAAGAGUUGAAGAAGAAAGAGAAGGCUGCUAAGAGAGCUGCUAAGAAGUCAGGCGACAUGACCCCUGAACAACAACAACAAUUGGUUCAACAAAAGAUUGAUAAGAAGAAGCAACAAGCAGCUACAAAUACCAAUCUUAAGAAACAAUUGAACCAAACAUUAAUAAAGGAUGAAAGCGCUAAAAAAAAGACCCCACCGAUGUUCAGUCAUUUAGAAACAAGAGAACAAAGAAACGCAUCUUCACCUUCCAUUUCCCACAUUGUGCAUCCUGCGGUGUUGGCGCUUUCAUUGAAGUAUUCCACAUAUAAAGUGGUUGGCUCAACCAAUAGAUUGAGGAAGAUGUUGGAGGCUUUCAAAGACGUGAUUUCAGACUACAAGACACCAGAGAAUACCACUUUAACCAGACACUUGACUGGACAUUUAUCACAUCAGAUUGAGUUUUUGAGAACGUCUCGUCCUCUUUCAACUUCAAUGGGGAAUGCCAUUAGAUGGUUGAAGCAAGAAAUCUCCCAUAUAUCCAUUGACACCACCGAGGCUCAAGCAAAGGACAAUCUUUGUGAGAAAAUCGACGACUUUAUAAGCGAGAAGAUCGAUUUAUCCGACAGAGUAAUUGUUGAGAAUGCCGCUCAACAUAUUGGGAACGAUGCUACCAUUUUAACGUAUGGCCAUUCGACUGUAUUGGAAGAGUUAUUCAAGUACUGUGCCGUGGAACAGAAUAAGAAGUUCAAGUUGAUCGUGGUUGAUUCUAGACCUUUAUUUGAAGGGAAAAAGUUAUUGAAUAGUUUGGCAGACACUUAUGCUGAACCACCAGAACUGGUAGACUCUGAGCUUGAAUCGAUAGUUAGCAAAUCCUCCACGACCCCUCCAAUUACUAAAACGAACAUUGAGUUACAUUAUGUGUUGAUAAAUGGCUUAUCACCUACCAUUUUGGAAAGAGUAGAUUGCUUAUUCCUUGGAGCUCAUGCAAUGCUCUCUAACGGUCGACUUUAUUCCAGAGUCGGCACAAGUUUGGUAGCCAUGAUGUGUCAUAAAAGAAAUAUACCUGUGAUUACAUGUUGUGAAUCCAUUAAGUUUUCUGAUAAGGUGCAAUUGGAUUCCGUUGCUAGUAAUGAGUUGGGAGAUCCCAGAGAUUUGAUGCAAGAUAUUGAUUCCAAAAAGCCUCCUCAGAAGAAGUCUUAUGCAUUUGAACAAUUUAUUCACAAGCAUGACGCAAUGUCAGAUUCCAAAAAUGAUUCCAAGCAGAAAAAUAAUAAUAACAAUAAGAAUAAUAAUAAUAAUAAUAAUAAUAAUAAUAAGGUUGAAGAUCAAGAUCAAGAAUCGUCUGCUCCUUUGCAUAAUUGGGAAGAGCUUCCUAAUUUGAAUAUAUUGAACAUCAUGUAUGAUUUGACUCCUCCAAAUUAUAUCAAUAAGGUUGUAACUGAAUUUGGAGCCUUACCACCAUCAUCUGUUCCUGUUAUCUUGAGAGAAUAUAAGAAUACAUAG